UUCAGAAAAGGAAAGAAAAAAAAAAUAAAAUAAAGCAUUCCAGUAGAAAUAGGUUUUGAAUUGGUUCAGCUCAUUGAUACAAUCUGCAGCAUGCUUAACAAUUCCUCUGUAACACCAUUACAAUGUGAACAGGGACGGACUGACCAUUUGGAAACUUGGGCACUGCCCGAGGGCCUGGGGUCAGUAGGGGGCCCCAUGAGAUGCCCCUGGUACCUUUUUCAUAGGUUUUUUUGAGUUUGGGUAAGGACACAGGGGCCCCAUGAUCCCCUAUUGCCCCGGGGCGCCCAUGAGUUGUCAGUCCGCUCCUGCACGUGAAU